AUGAUUGUGCCACACCACAAUUUGAACUGUCACACGGUGAUAUACGGGACAGAGGGGAGGUGCUGGAUUGAGGUGGUGGCGGAGAACGGCGAGAAAGUGUUCGACGGGGAGGUGAGGGAGGGGCAGAUUCUGAUAGUGCCACAGCACUUUGUGGUGGUGAAGAAGGCGGGAAGUGAAGGGUUUGGUUGGAUAGCAGUGAAAACAAAUGACAACCCAAUGAUGGAGGCUCUCGCAGGGGAGCUGUCUCUGAUAAGGAGCAUGCCAGAUGCUGUGUUGAUGCAUUCCUAUCGUCUUACCAUAGAGGAAGUGAAGCAAUUAAAGAAGAGAAGGGAACUCACUCUGCUAAGCCCAAGGCAGAAGUCAUCACAAGCGAAUUUAGACAUGGCAUUCUCCUCGUUGCUUUUCUUGAGCAUUGCCUUGCUUGUUAUAACUCAAAGUUGUUCGACGUUGGCCGGUGAAGAAACAGAGGAGUUUCAUUACAGAAAGUGCAGCCUGGAGAGGCUUAUCGUUCUGGAACCCAGCAGGGUGGUUGAGUCGGAAGGUGGGAAGAUAGAGUACUGGGAUGACCACAAUGAGCAACUUCGUUGUGUUGGUGUGGCCUUAGUCCGAUACACCAUUAGACCCAAGGGCUUGCUUUUGCCUUUCUACACUAAUGUUCCCAGGAUCCACUACGUACUCAAAGGGAGGGGUGUCCAGGAAACGAUCGUAGCGGGAUGUAGGGAAUCGUAUAGAUCCCAAUCAGAUGAGCACCAGAAGAUCAAUGCGAUCCAGCAAGACGACGCCGUUGCUGUGCCAUCUAGCUCGGCUCAGUGGUUUUACAACACCGGCGACUCCGACGACCUUGUUCUGUUCUCACUCAUCCACACUGCCAAUAAAAUGAAUCAGCUCGAUCUCACAUUUCGGAGUUUCUUCCUUGGUGGGAAUCCACAAGAAGAGCCGAAAAGCAGCAACCGGAGCAAGAGAUGGGGCUGGAACCACAGAGAAUGGCAGCAGAAAGCCGAAAGGUCAGGAGGCAACGUGUUCAGCGGGUUGGCGCCGGAGACGGUGGCCAACUCUUUGAACAUAGCCACUGAGCUCGCCGACAAGGUUCAGGGCAUUAAGGAUUCAAGAGGUGCCAUCAUCUUGGUGGAGGAUGGCCUUGGGUGGCUGUCCCCAGAACAAGAGGAGGAAGAGAGGGAGAGAGAGAAACGACAUCGUAGUUCAAGUACCGCUAACGGAGUGGAGGAAACAUUGUGUUCUCUCGCAUAUGUGCAUCCACUAGGCGAACCCAGAAUGCAUGCAGAUAAAUAUAACCCACGUGGAGGUCACCUCACCAGCCUUAACACUCCCAACAUGCCCAUCCUUGAACACCUCCAACUUGGUGUAGACCGGGGUGUCCUCUACGAGGAUGCUAUCAUGGUGCCUCACUGUAAUUUGAACUGUCACGCGGUGAUAUACUGCACGAGGGGCAGCGGGUGGCUUCAGGUGGUGGGAGAGAAUGGGCGGAUGUUGUUCGACGGAGAGGUGAAAGAAGGUCAAGUGUUGGUGGUCCCACAGCACUAUGUGGUUGUGAAGAAGGGCGGGGCGCACGCAUUUGACUGGGUGGCCAUUAAAACCAAUGAUAACCCGAUGAUCAACCCGCUGGCCGGAGAGCUGUCCCUCGUCCACGCCAUGCCUGAUGCUGUUCUGAUGAACUCGUUUCUCAUGAACAGGGAGGAGGUGAUGGGCUUGAAGAACACUAGAAAAGAGCUCACCUUUAUCAGCCCCGCACAAUCUUGGUCACCGACUUAAUUAGUUACUAGUUAAUUUUAUGUAAAGUAAGGAAUAAGCUCCGAGUCUCCGACGGACCGAUCGGAUGUACUUUCUAGGCUAGCUAGCCUAUAGUUUGCUGUCUACUCUGUGGUUGUCCCACUAUAGUCAACUAUGCUGCUCUUGUAACUAUGUGAAUGCAUUUGUGUUUUGUUCCCACCUUUCUCUAAUAUUAU